AAACAGUGUCAAAAGCCCAACACUGAGGAAGAGAGACAACAGACACCAAACUACAUAACCUACAGCCUGCUGACCAGAACACAGAACCCAGCUGCCGCGAACAUCUGUACCCAGGGGCUAUAGAGGCACAUCAGGGCUUGUCUUUCUUCCAACUCCAUUUCAACACUCAUUCAAAAUACAAGGUUGAAGGAUGCAGGUUGUUUUCGUGUUGUUCUGUCUGGUGGGGGCCGCCCUGUGCACUGUGGUUACCGAACGGCAGGUGGAUUUCGGAAUGCGGGUUUUCCAGGAAGUGGCGAAAUCAUCCUCGAACCAGAGGAAUCUGGUCUUCUCCCCCUAUGGCAUAUCCUCAGUGAUGGGCAUGGCUCAGAUGGGCGCUGCAGGCAACACCCUGAGACAGCUGCAUACCCACAUGGGCUACUCUUUGCAAGUGCGGGGAGCUCCCCGACAGCAGCGCCUCCUGCAGAAGCAGCUGGCAAACGAGGGGGCAUUACAGGUGGCCAACGCCGUCAUGGCAGACAGGAGGCUCAGGCUGGAGCGGGCUUUCCGCCGGGGGCUGGCCAAGGCCUUCCAGAGCGACGUGCACCAGGUGGACUACACUGAGCCUGAGACGGCACUGAAGGUCAUCAAUGACUGGGUGUACGACAACACUGAAGGCAUGAUCCCAGACUUCCUGCCAUCUGGUUCAGUCGGCGAGGAGACCCGCCUGGUCUUACUCAAUGCCAUCCACUUCCAGGGUCGCUGGAUGGUGCCCUUUGACCCAAAGCUCACCCAGGAACGUAUCUUCCACUGCCCUAACGGCAGUCUGGUCUCGGUGCCCAUGAUGCAAAUGACCAGCCGUUUCAACUACGGGGAGUUCAUGACCGCUGAUGGGCUGGAGUACGAUGUCAUUGAGCUGCCGUAUGAAGGGGACACAAUGAGCAUGUUCCUGGUGUCCCCCUUCGAAAGGGACACGCCCCUCUCCGAGCUGACACAGGGGCUGAACGGGCAGAGCAUUCAGCAGUGGAGGGCGGGGCUCCGGCGUGUGAGCAGACAACUGGCGCUGCCCAGGUUCUCCAUCGACACUGAGACCGACCUGAAAGAUGCUCUUUCUGAUCUGGGCCUGGGCGACAUCUUCAGCGAGCGGGAGGCAGACUUCUCUCGCAUGAGUGCCUUUGAGAACCUGUUCGUGUCCAAGGUCCUGCAGCGAGUAAAGAUUGAAGUCAAUGAGGAAGGCACCACUGGCUCCUCUGCCACAGCGGCAAUUAUCUACUCCCGCAUGGCCAUCGAGGAAGUGACCCUGGACCGGCCCUUCCUCUUCCUGGUGCAGCACAAAGCUACAGGUGCCGUCCUCUUCAUGGGCCAGGUGAUGGAACCAGAGGAUAAGUGAUCUUUACCCUCUGACCCCUGACCUUUGACACUCCGUCUUCUACAGACUACUAGACUGAAACUGGACAGAGAAAAGAGUCAGAUAAUCCAACUGUCAAUAAUUCCGCUCAAUUCCAAUCAAUGAACCAAUCACUCAUGGCUUCCAGAAAUAAGGUUUUAAAAGCUUGGCUGGUUUUUAUGAAGCAAAAUUCACUCCAUUCCUGAAGCUAUAAAAGUAAAAACAGGAAAAGUGAUGUUUUCCAUAUGAUUUUGUCUGCUAAUCAUAAUAUAAAAAAGUAUCCAAUGCAAAAUUAUAGUAAUAUAAGUUGUUCCAAACCAAGCUCUUAAAACAACAAAAUGGAACUGAGAAGCAAAGACAUUUAGAGAGAAUUUUAUAUUUAAAAGAACUGAAGUAUAUUUUCUUAUGCAAAGAAGCACUGUUAUUUGAUACUUUUGUCCUUUUCAAAUUAAUUUAUUAUUAAAAGUUUACUUGUUAGAUGUUUUUUGAAUGGUUGAAAAAGCACAAUCCGUCGGGGUUCUGAGUCUGUGCUGCCACAAGGGGGCGCUCCAAUCCAGAUGCUUGAGUACGAAUGGCAAUGAGAGAGUCUUCAAAUGGCAAUUUCACAAGCUCCACCUGCCCUAGUCGAACUGACGACCCAAAAAUGGAUUAUUCUUUCGCUCUCUUUUUCGUAGUGAACUUGCCAGUUUGCAAGAGUCAUGGAGUGUCACUCUUUAUAGAGAGAGGCAUUGAGAGAGGCUGACUAAACUGGCCUCCUGGUCAUUCAGGAUGUUUGUAAAAGAUAGCCCAGAUGACAUUAGCAUGAUUAUUGCAAUUAUCAUUGCAAGCACUAGACUCAUCCACAUUAUUAUUGCAAACCUGUAUGCCAGGCAAGUUGUCAGAAAGUGAAAGAGGAGGUGGAAGCAGGUGGGAACAGAGAGAUGAGAGAUGUGGUCGUGCGAGAGAUUGACCCCCGAAUGACCCUCCCAAAAGCUGAAUUUCUAUUGCUUUGACUUUAAAGUAAUUCAUCUUCAAAUGCACUAAACUGGCUUGUAAAAGAUUUGGUCACAAGUUAAGUAAAUGCCAGGCUUUUUUUAAUGUUUUUUUUUUGCCAUAUGAAAUGGGUGACAUACUGUACCAGGGAAAGGUUGCAGGCUAAAAUCACAGUAUAUGACAGUUUAUUAUAGUACAUUCCAGUGUGCCAUUGAUUCCAGAGUUUUUCUUACAGUUUAUUAUAAUGUAGCAAAUUUAGAAUGGUGUACCAUUGAGUAUUAUGCUGCAAUACUCUAUUAAAGUACACCACAGUAUAGCUCAGAGUAUUAUUCUGCAUUACAGUACACCAUAGUUCACUGUAUAAUUGAUUACAGCCAGCCGUGGUAUUUUAAAAAUGGUCAAGGUGUGUUACAGUCUAUUACAGUUCUCCAUGUCAUUUUCCUUGGUGGACUUUAGUGUAUUCUAGCAUUUCAUACUAAUUUCCCAAAUCUUUUAUGCACCCGGGUAAAAAAAAAAAAAA